AUGCUUCACCACCAGCCGCAAAUCCUUUCCCCUCUUCCCGAGAUGAACUCCCAGUCACCCGACCCAUCAAGCCUUCGUGCUCGAAAAAUGUCGGUCGGCGGUAACAGGUCUUGGUCUGAAGAAGAGGAAAACUACCUUCUCCAGACCCGCAUGCAGAAGAUGCCCUACAAGCACAUUGCUGCACACCUCAAGAAGACUGAGCUUGCCUGCCGCUUGCACUUUCACCAGCUCUCGCACGGUAGCCAUCGCCGCAAACGCAACUCCUCCGUCUCUUCGACAGCGUCCUGCAGCUCUGCCGGCCAGUCACCGGCUUAUGCAAUGGCCAUUGACCACGACACCUACUCUCAAUCCUCCCGCCACAGCUCCCCCAUGAGCUACAAUGGGAGUCCCCACGUCAGGGCCGCUUCUGUCACCACUUCUCCAGGCCGAGCCCAGCAUAAGAUCCUUCUUCCCAAGCCUCGCACACUGACUCCUCGAGGAUCUCCCGAACCGUACAACGGCCUUCGUAUCAACACUGAGGUGGCUCACCAACCCAAGGUCGUCGAUACGGAUCGUCUCCGCUCUAUCUACGAGGCCCGUCGUAACCAAUUUUGGGCCACCAUUGCUGCAGACUAUGGUGCGGACGUCUCUCCCGCACAACUCGAGGAGAUCUGGCGCAAUGGUUCCAAUGCUGUUCGCCCCCCUACCCCCGAUGCUUCUCCCGAUGGCAGCAUGAUGAACAACCCGGUGCUGAAGCCUUCUCCGUUCCCGUCGUAUACAUCGCCUGCAUACAGCGAGCCGACCAAGCACUACAGCCCCAUGAACCCCAUGAACAUUAGCGCGGUAUCUGCUCCUGAGAGACUUCCGUAUAUGCUCCCAAUGCCGGUUCCCUCUACUGGUCGACAGAGGGCGGGCACUUGGAGCUCUGCGCCCCGCGACAACAUGCCGAUUGCCAGCCUGCUCAACGAUGUGAAGAGGUAA